AUGAAUCAUAGUGCCGAUCCUUAUGUCUAUUUGUCCUAUGAGAAUCGAGACGUAUUGACUGGCCAAUGCUUAUUAGAUUUACUUGGGUUUCCAGAGCUGAAUAGAACAGCUCUGAUUGGACUUAAGCAUUCAAUAGCAAAUCAAAGAUGCCAUCUAUCAUCAGGCUUUCAGCAACAAGAAGAAGACGCUUUUUACAGGCUACCUUUACUUCACAGCCUAACAUGUCCUGCAAGAGCCUAUUUCAGAGAGUUUAACUCAGUUUUCCAGCUUAAUAGAAAAAUUAAGCUCGCUGGUUGUGCAGUAAUAAUGAGCGCUGAUUCAAAAGUUCUUCUCACCAGGAGAACUGAAACCUUAAGCCUUUUCCCAAAAAAUUGGGUUUUUCCUGGAGGCCGUCUGGAGAUGGGAGAAAGUCUUGAAUAUUGUGCUAUUAGAGAAGCUGCUGAAGAAACGGGAAUUGAUUUUGAAAUUUCUGAAAGCCAUUUUAAAUAUCGGGGCACAACAGUAGCUGUAACUCCUUUAUUCAUAUAUGAAAGUUCAUUUCCUUGCAUUGGACCUCCAAAAGCUCAACAUUUGAUUGUGUUUUUCACGAUAAAUUUAAAUUUUUCAUCAAACGAGAUUGGUUUGUCGCUCCAGAGGUCAGAGGUUGACUAUGCAGUAUGAAUAUCGAAAGAAGAUUAUGAAAAUAUAAAUAGAGGUAUAGAUUUUACAAUGCCUGGACUUCACUAUAUAGCUUAAGCAUCCUUAUGGAUCACUCAAGCCUCCAACCCCGCUUGCCAAGUGGAGAGUUUGCUUAUUCAACUUCAGUUGGCAAUUCAACUCGCAAAUCUGCGAUAUUUUGUAGAUCUCCAAAUUGAAAGGCAGCUCGUCAUCUGGAGUUGAAUAAGCAAACUUUCCAGAAAUAAGUAGGAGCUUGAGGCUUGAGCGAUCCAUAAGGAUGCUUAAGCUAUACACAUGAAAACGCUCAUAUAUCAAGCCAUCAAUUAUUAGGAAUUGCCCCAAAUCAAAUUGGCGAAGGGGUUGCAGAAGGCCACAAGCACGCAUUAGAUAUGAUUUAUCAGCAAAACCACUAG